UUGAUCAUACGGACUAUAUUUCAAUUGAAGGGUAUCCAGUUCUUGCGAUAAAAAUACCUAGUGCCUCAUGUUAUAUGCGGCAACGGGAUUUUCAACAAAAACGUAGACUUUUCUGUCACCUGGAAUCAAAUGAUAUAGUGGACAAACUCGAGGACUACACAAUCUAAAUCCUUAUCUUUAGGUCAUUGAUCUUCGGGCUGCCUAUUCUGUGCAAAUUCUGGGCCUCGUUAAGACUAUGGCGAACGCUAAGACAUGUCUCGUCUGUAAUGAGACAGAAGGAAAAUACAAAUGCGGCCGCUGCAACUUGUACACCUGCUCACUUCCAUGCUUCCGAGAACACCGGGAUAGUCACCCACCAAUAGAAGAAUCUCCUACGACAGUGCAAACAAAUAGCGCCCCUGCGGUAUCAACCGAUGAUACCAAACUCGAUUCUAAUCUUCAAAAUUCUUCACAUGCUGAAGAUGGUUCACCGCAGUCCACGGACUUCAAGCGGUCGGAGAUCGCUGACAUGCCAGAGUACAAAAUGCUCAUUCGACGAUACCCGAAUCUAGAACGUUUGCUUUGGAAUAUUGCUGCAGCCACAGAUCCUCCGACGAGCAAUGAUGGUACCAACAACAAAUUACUCGGGUCAAACAGAGGCAAUCGUAAGGCGAAUCAGCCCUGGACAAAAGACAUUGGGUACGAAAAUGGGGUAGAGGCGCUCCGUCGGACUAGAGAAACUCCGGGGGACGAUAGAGACGCGCUCAGGGAGUAUUGCGAAUUGGUCCAGCUCUACUUGUCUAAGAAAGCAGCCGCCGAUACCCGACAGCAACUCGCACAAGAUGACGCCAAAACCAUUGGAGAACUUAUGCGCGCCGAGGGCUCCGAUGCACGUUGAAGCUGUUUCACUUUGCUAGUUGUCGGUCACUCCAAUAGGAAAUUCGGUAAUAUAUCGCUUCCGUGCACACCGUCUUAAGGUUCCCUCCCAAAGCCACAUGAAGAUGCGCCAAAGAAUGAAUCCCUGCUUCUCCCUUCGACUCACGCAUCAUCGGCCCAAAUCAUUCGAACGGAGUUUGAUGCUCUGUUUGGAAGUAUAUUCAAUUGCCAUAAUUGAGUUGAGACGAGAAAGUUAUCCCGCCGCAAUCUAGCUUG